CAAAAUAUUGACCAAUCGUAUUUGAGUUUGGUACAGCUGAUUCAAGGUCACAAAGGUCUCCUUUUACAUCCCUUCUUUGUGAGUUCAUUCCUGCAUUUUCUAGUUUUUACUUAUUGUUGCACAAAAGCUGAGGAAUAAGAUUACUUCUGCUGUCAUUGGUUCCUCUCUUUUCCUAGUUUCGUAAGAUAAGAUUAUGUAAAUUUGGUGAUAGCAAGUAUGCAUUCCUGUCAUCUUUAAUCCCUCUCAUUAUUUUGAUCCGGAGAAAUGUUUUUUAUGAAUCAGGUAAAAUAAAUUGAUCCCAUUUUGCAGAAACAAUUAUUUGUCACUUCUAACCAUGAUGAAAGCCUGGCAAUUAGUCGAUAUUAAUGGUGAGGUGAUCAAUGAAGAAGAUAUUUCAAGUGUUGGUUCUGAUUGGUCAUUCAUGCAAUUCGAUAGAGAUGAUGGAUAUCCAAGUCGCCCACAUUCGGUAGCUGGUCGACGAUCAGACACUGAAUGUGAAUAUAAAUCUCGUUCACCUUCUGCAAACAGUGAUUAUAACUGCUAUAGCUCUCAUUGUAGUCUGGACAGAUACAAUGAGCCUCCCGUAAGAUCCAAAAAUGCCAACAAAUCAUCAAAGAACAAAAAUUUGUCUGGGACUGUUCCUGAAAAUACAGCAAUUCCUAUAACAUCAAAAACCGAAAUAUUAAAAUCUCAUCCGCGUAAUGGAUUACGACCUGGUCAUAUACAUCAGUCCUCCGCUAGAAAUUCCAAUGGAACACGUCAAGCGUUGGCACGUUGGAAUGCUUGUCGUAAACAAAAUAAUCAUACAAACCUAUGCGUUGAUUCUCAACGUUCCAAAUGUUUACGCCGUGGUCCACUAAUCAAUCAUGGUUUUCAACGUCGUCAAGUUCGUAUGGGAAACGGUGGUCAUAUACCUCAUCAAAGAAGUUAAUAAAAAACUAAGAAACUAAUUUGUUUUUUGUGAUAUUUUGCUCCUACAACGUUGUAACAGCGGAUAUUUGGUGUUCAGUUUGUUUGUCACACUGAUAUAGUGACAGUAAUAGCUUACAUAUGAUUCUUCUAAAUUACUUAGUGUCUUAGUGUUAUAAAUAAAAAAAUAAACACGAAAAAUAUACACUCAAUCAACAGCUAUAUUCUAUAUCAAAGUUUAGUUAUUUUACUCAUUUUCCGUGUGUUCUAUCUGUUCUUCGGAAUAUUCAUAUUUUUCUUCUGCAGAUAUACUAGUCACAUUCUAAUGACUGCUACAUUUAAACCUAUUCCCCACAUGUUACCCAUAAAAAUAUAUAGACAUGGGUCAUGAAAAUCGCUUCUUCCAGCUAUAAUAUUUGCGAUAUUGUGUCCUAUUGGUUUGUUCUAUUAUUUGUUUAUAUUUGUGUGUUAGUUAUUAUAUUGCUAUAUUUGAUGUAAUUGUAAUAUGUUUACUGGUUAGUAGUAUAUUUUCAAUAAUUUGUUUGGAUUGCUUUCUAAUAUAUUUAUUCUAUGGAUUUUCAUAUUUCCAUUUGUAUCUAUAUGCAGCUGGAAUAUAUGUUAAUUAGUCCCUUAUAUUUUCUGGUGUUCUUGUUGUACUCACUGAUAUUUGUUUAUUUCUAGUGCUCUUCUUUUUUUGCUGUCUUCACUUUUAAGACAGUUUGCUCAAAUUAUACAAUAUUUAAUU